GCCGCCGCGGGGAAAGUGCGACCCGGAGAGAAUUGGGAGGGCUGCGCUACGCCCUCUCCCCGGCCUGGCGGGCUCCCCGGCCUGGCGGGCUGGUGGUGAAGGCGCCCUGCUCAUGGUGCUGUUGGAGAGGCGAAUUGGGAAAUUGUUACAUAAGAAUCAGGGCAAAAAGUGCCAGAGGUGGAAGAGGUGGAUUGCUUCCUGGUCAUGCCCGGUGGAAGGAGGGGACCCAGCCGGCAGCAACUAAGCCGUUCAGCUUUGCCUUCUCUUCAGACAUUAGUUGGUGGGAACUGUGGCAACGGAACAGGUCUGAGAAAUAGGAAUGGUAGUACUCUCAGUCUUUCUGCUCCUCCUAUCACUGCCCUGAUUACUCCUGAGCCUGUGAGGCACUGCCGAAUCCCAGAGCUCCCUGUGGAUGGAAACCUUCUAUUUGAAUUCCUCUUUUUCAUCUAUUUGCUGGUGUCUCUUUUCAUUCAAUAUAUUAAUAUUUACAAGACCGUCUGGUGGUAUCCAUAUAACCACCCUGCCUCCUGUACAUCACUGAACUUUCACCUCAUUGAUUAUCACCUGGCCGCAUUCAUCACAGUGAUGUUGGCACGGAGGCUUGUAUGGGCCCUCAUCUCUGAGGCCUCGCAGAUGGGUACUUCAUCAAUGAUUCACGAUAUGGCAUUGAUUCUGGCACGUCUAGUUCUACUCACCCUUUGUGUAUGGGUGCUCUGCUGGACCUUGGUCAACCUUUUCCGCAGCCAUUCUGUCCUCAAUCUCCUCUUUCUUGGCUACCCGUUUGGUGUCUAUGUUCCAUUGUGCUGCUUCCACCAAGAUAGUAGAAACCAGCCUCUUUCAACAGACUGCAGCUAUUUAGUGCAGGAUCAACUAGUGGAUGAUAGUGCCUCAGGGGUUGGCAGUCUUGUGAAGCCCAAAGAUUUAUUUUCUCUCCUGAGAGAAUCUGUCAAAGAACAGUUCAACCCCACUGUGACCACUCCGACGCACAGCUGUCCCUUGUCCCCAGAUCUCAUUCGCAAUGAAGUGGAGGGCCUCAAAGCAGAUUUUAACCGCCGAAUCAAGGAAGUUCUGUUCAAUUCCCUCUUCAGUGCCUACUAUGUGGCAUUUCUGCCACUAUGCUUUGUGAAGAGCACUCAGUAUUACGAUAUGCGCUGGUCAUGUGAGCACCUCAUUAUGGUUUGGAUCAACGCUUUUGUCAUGCUCACCACACAACUGCUUCCUCCCAAGUAUUGUGACUUGCUACACAGAUCAGCUGCUCACUUGGGCAAGUGGCAGAAGCUGGAACAUGGUUCAUAUAGUAAUGCCCCUCAACACAUCUGGUCUGAGAGCACAAUAUGGCCACAAGGAGUGCUGGUACGACAUAGUCGAUGUUUAUAUAAAGCGGUGGGACCUUAUAACGUAGCUGUGCCUUCAGAUGUCUCUCAUGCUCGCUUUUAUUUCCUCUUCCACCAUCCCUUACGGCUUCUCAAUCUGCUGAUUCUCAUAGAAGGCAGUGUGGUCUGUUAUCAGCUCUACUCCCUGCUUCGCUCAGAGAAGUGGAACCAUACACUCUCCAUGGCUCUGAUACUCUUCUGUAACUACUAUGUCUUAUUUAAACUCCUGAGGGACCGAAUAGUAUUGGGCAAGGCCUAUUCUUAUCCACUCAACAGCUAUGGGUUAAAAGCCCAUUAGUCAUCUGAGGAAGGGAAGGAUAUUUUCAUACAGUUAUAUUUUUUUCCUUGCAACUGUUUAUAAAUAUUUAAAAAAUAUUUUAUAUUUUGUAUACUACUGUUUUUUGUGGGGUAGGGAAGGGCCAAGUGGCAGUUAAAUGUCACUUUAUAAACAAGGUUAUUUUAUAUAAAGACAUCAUUGUGUAUAUACUGUAUAUCAACAUAUAUCUAUGUGAAGCAAGAGCAUUGUAUGUGUGGUCCCUUUAUCUACUGUGCAUGCAGGUUAGCCAUCAUAAAACCAGCAGUUUUAUGUAUAGGACUUACCUAUUUGCUAUACAUCCAGCCAAAGGUGGCCAUUGCUUACAGUUGUGGACAAGACAUGGGCAACUUCCUGGAUCCCUUUUUAUGGUCACUGAUUUUUUAAAAGAUCAUGCCACCAAAAAAAAAACCUUGCCAAAAAUGUUAUGUUUAAAGCAUUGAAAUGGUAAUGGUGUGCUUCAGUUUGUUUUAAACUUCUUUACAUGACAAAGCUCCAGCCCCCUCACAUUUAAAGAAUAAUUUUAGUAACACCUUCAAGCACAUAGAGCAAUAAAAUAAAAUAUUAUUCAACAUCACAUGGUGCAAUAGCCAAAAGUAUGUUUUGCACAUUAUUGAGCUAUACAGGUAAACUUCAAGUUACAAAAGUAAUGGAGUCUGUCAAUUACAUUUAUAACUCAAGGAUUCGUAGGAGUGAAUCACGUAACUUGAGCAUGAUCAUUCCCUGCUUUUGCUCACCCGUUCACUAAUCAAAUGUGUGGGUCGUUAAAUGCACAUGGUAUCUCAGGGUAGGGAAGGCUAUGGGGAGGCUUCCCCUGUUCCAUCCUGCCAUGCUGGAUGGAAAGAUCUGUCUCCUCUCUGCUGCAAUUUCUUUGCCUUUGAGGGAGAGGAGAGCAGGAUGAUUUCCAUCCCAGCGUCCGGUUGGCUUACAAAUGCUUUUUGCACUGAGAGUGAAAUGUUCUGGAGGGGGGGGGGUGGGGGGGGAAGGUUAUCGCAUGCAACUUCUCUGCAAAAGCGGAUGGGUGCCUGAAGUCGCACGCAAUCACACUCCCCCAGAACAUUUCACUCCCAGCGUGAAAAGCACUUGCAAGCCUACCAGAUGCUGAAAGCACCGCAAUUUCUCUCCCAGCGUCCGAUCACCUUGCAAAUGCUUUUCACGCCAACAAUGAAAUAUUCUGGGGGUUGUGAUCUCGCAUGACUUCAGGCACCCAUUCUCUGCAAAAGUGGAUGGGUGCCUGAAGUUGCACAAGAUCAUGGCCACCAGAACAUUCCACUCUCAGCAUGAAAAGCAUUUGCAAGCCAAUCAGAUGCUGGGAACGAAAUCUUCCUGCUCUCCUCUCUCUCAAAGGCAAAGAAACCACAAUAGACAGGAGACAGAUCUUUUCAAGGUCCGGCAUGGGGGAGGGUGGGUUAGGAUGAAAGUUGCAGUGCCUCUGCAGUCAUUCGUAAGGGCUAACAACUGCCAUGGUGCUGCAACAUUCAUAAUUUCAGGACUGUUGUAAACGCUUGGGGGUGUUAUGGUGUAACUUCAAAUGGUCACUAAGUGAACUGUCAAAACUCGAGGAUUACCUGUAUUCUCAAAUGACAUGUGAUGUCCAGCUUGCAUGGGAUUCCUUAGUAGGCAAGGAAGGAAGAUAAAAUAAUUUAGCACACCUUUUAUAUUAGUAUUUAACAGAAUAACAAAGUUGGAAAGGAUCUUGGAGAUCUUCUAGUCUAAUCCCCUGUUCAAGCAGGAGAUCCUAUACCAUUUCAGGUAAAUGUCCAGUCUCUUAAAUCCUCCAAUGUUGGAGUACCCAGAAUUUCAAUGUUGUACUGCAUCCUUAAAGGCUGUUUUACAUUUUAUAUAGAAUUGGAAUUUUAAAACA